AGUGGGAGGGACUUGAGGUCAUACUAAAGUGUGAUGUUGCUGUCAUGCCGUGACACAAGACAACACAAGAGGCUGAGUGAGGACACUUUUUAUUCCAUACAGGACACCGGAGCAACCUCUGCAUCUCACUCGAGGAAAGUGGAUUUAGUGGUGUACACAAAGUGUGCUGGAGAUCAUCCAUAUCAAUGAGGACACCUGGCAUGGCGCUUUUCAAGCAGCAGGCUAUGGAGGACUUCUAUGACAUAGGGGAGGAAUUGGGAAGCGGUCAGUUUGCCGUGGUCAAGCGUUGCAGGGAGAAGAGCACGGGCCUCGAGUACGCCGCCAAGUUCGUCAAGAAGCGCCAGAGUCGGGCCAGCAGACGCGGCGUGAGGCGUGAGGAGAUCGAGAGGGAGGUGGACAUCCUGCAGCAGCUCCAGCACCCCAACGUCGUGGCCCUUCACGACGUCUACGAGAACCGCACGGACGUGGUGCUUGUCCUUGAGCUCGUUUCUGGCGGAGAGCUGUUCGAUUUCCUGGCUCGCAAGGAGUCGCUUUGUGAAGAGGAGGCCACUCAGUUUAUCAAACAGAUCCUGGAUGGAGUCCAGUACCUCCACUCCAAGAGGAUUGCACAUUUUGACCUAAAGCCUGAAAACAUCAUGCUACUGGAGAGGAAUGUUCCUCUUCCCCGCAUCAAAGUCAUUGACUUUGGAUUAGCACACAAGAUAGAAGCCGGAGCAGAUUUUAAAAACAUUUUUGGAACCCCGGAGUUUGUUGCUCCAGAGAUAGUCAACUAUGAGACCCUGGGGUUGGAGGCAGACAUGUGGAGCGUUGGAGUCAUCACGUAUAUACUUUUGAGCGGCGCAUCGCCUUUCCUCGGCGAAACAAAGCAGGAAACGUUAGGGAACAUCUCGGCCAUGAGCUACGAGUUUGACGAGGAGUUCUUUAGCAACACAAGCGAGCUGGCCAAGAGCUUCAUCAAAGAGCUGCUGGUGAAAGACACGAGGAAACGGAUGAACAUACAAGACGCCCUCAAUCAUCCUUGGAUUAAGUCCUGCGGGCGCACGCCGGAGAGCGCCGCCCCGGAGGCUGAGCAGAAAGCCGAGCAGCUGAAGAGCAAGCGUCUCAAGGAAUACACCAUCCAGUCGCAUUCCAACAUAACGCAGAACAACACCUAUGCCAGCUUUGAACGUUUCGCCUGCGUGGUGGAGGACAUCGGUUUGAUGGAGACAGAGGUGGCUGAGGUGACGGGGGCCCACCCCACCUUGCAAGGUGACCUCGAGGCAUUACUCGCCGUUUACAACGACAAGGAAGCCUGGUACAAAGAGGAAAACGAAAGUACCAGGAAGCAACUCUCCCAAGUCCACUAUGAGUAUCGCAAAGUGGUGGCCACCAGGAGGCUGCUGAGGGAGGACCUGACGGUCGUGGGCACCACCCUGGAGAGCAUCAGCGGAAAGUACCAGCACAGGCAGAGUCAGCUGGAUGUGCUGAGGCAGGAGCUGAACUCGGAGCUGCAGUGGCUGCAGGAGGUGAUGAGCUCUCUGGAGCCACAGGGCGCACAUGGCAGCAGUCUGGACGCAGCGCUCAAGGAGCUGCUGCGUCAGGGGGAGCUCCAACAACCCCCCACCAAGUCCAAUUAAUAUGAGGAGAGACUUUUUAUCAUUUUUAUGUGAUGACUUUUAACAUGCUUUUGGAAGGUAACAUAUUGCUCAUGUAAGCAAGUGCAAGCCUUUCCCAACUUUCAUUGAGCCAGAAAAAAAUCUCUUUUUGACAUUGUCAUUUUCUCAGAGGUGGUGAAUUUUCUUUCUGGAAAAACAAAGAUUUGUAUUCAUCGCAAUUGUAAUUACUGACGAUCGGGCCUGAUCUCUAUCCCACGCAGAUAGUGGGGCCCCACUGUACACUGCAAAAACUAAAUCCUAACCAAGAUAAAAAUUGCAAAUCAAGGCAAUAUUAUGCUUGUUCUUUGUUUGCCAAGAUAUUUCUUCUUACCAAGUUAAAUACUUCUGCUUGAAGUAACUAAUAUUCUGAUUGUAUUACUUUUCCCCUUCUUUUUAUACCCUUUGCAGUGUAUAUACUGGGGUAAUGAUGGUCUUCCCUCAUUUUACUCACAAAAUCUGGUCCUGGGGUCGGACACAGGCUCAGGUCCUCCUGUGCGGAGUUUGCAUGUUCUAGUGUGGGUUUCAUUCCAAAAACAUCCAUGUUAGGUUUAUUGAAGACUUUAAAUUGUCCAUAGGUGUGAAUGUUUGUCUAUUUGUGCCCUGUGAUUGACUGGUGGCCAGUCCAGGGAGUACCCCGCCUUUGACCCAAGUCAGUUAGUAAAUGGAUGGAUGAUGAUGGACAAAAGUAUUAGGACAACUGAUCAACUACAGGAUGUGAAAAUUGAACAGAAUAUGAAUUUGGUUUCCCUUUUGCAGCUGUAACAGCUUUGAUGACCUAUUCUAGCUCCUCGCCGGCGUUUGACGUGGUUGAGGUCAGGGCUUCUAUCAGGUCUUCCACACCAAGCUCAUCCAAGCUUGUCUUUAUGGAACUUGUUUCCCCCCCCUGGUAUUCUCACAUAAACUUGUCCAACAUUUGUAGAUUCAGGGGAAAACAUUGGUUUCGUGAGCCAUCAUUUUUUUUUCUUUAGAUCUAGAGGUAAGGUCUCAUUUUUUGGAGCUCGGGGAUAUAUAAAGCCAGGACGAUUGAUGUUAGGUUGACUUCGAUAGCUUUUUAAUUUUGACAAGUGAUGACAGUGACUGUUGUGUUACCAAUUAUUUAUGACUUCACUGUGUUCUGAAUUCAAGAUAGUGAAGCCAGUCUUUGCAAUGGAAUGCCUUAAAAUUACGCUUUUGAUUUAUUUUUCAUUCCAUUUUAUGAUUUAGUACUGCAUGUUUUUACUGUGGCAAGCAAUUUUAACUGCCCAUUCACGACAUUCGUUUAUUUUUCCUCAUUUCGAAAGAGCACUUUUUAUUGAAGAUAUUAUUUAUUUACUUGAUUUAAUCAUAUUAUUUAUUUCUUGGCUAUAUUUUGGACAACUCUAAAAAUAUAAAAAUGUAUGCAUCAGCCCUUAUGUGCAAUACUUGAAUGAUGCUUCUGUUAUUACAAUCGCUACAGAUUUAAACAAUGUGCACUUUUUGACUCUGUGUUAAAACAUUCACUGUUAUUAAAUACCUGAAUUAAAUAUUUUCAAAAAGCA